AUAAUAAACGUCCUGAGUAAUGAGCGGCUUGGGCUGGAGCAGGCAAGGUGGCCGGAGCCGGGCGGGCCAGGAAGAGUGGCGGCUUGUGAAGGAGGAUGGCCAUGGAGCUCUGCCCUGAAGAACAGUACUGGGAUUCUCUGCUGAACAUCUGCUUCUCCUGCAAACCUAUUUGCAGCCAUCAGUUUCCACGCACGUGUGCAGCAUUCUGCAAGUCGCUCAGUUGCCGCAAGGAGGAAGGCAGGUACUAUGAUCAGCUCCUGAAGGAUUGCAUCAGCUGUGCUUCCGUCUGUGGACGUCACCCCAAGCAGUGCACAUACUUCUGUGAGAACAAGUUCAGGAGCCAUGUGAACCUCCCACCAGAGCUCAAGAGACAGCGGUCUGGGGAAGCCGAAACCAGGUCAGAUGACUUGGGAAGGUACCAGGGAACAGAGCACAGAGGCUCAGAGGCAGGCCCAGGGCUGAAGCUGAGCGCCGACCAGUUGGCCCUGGUCUACAGCACACUGGGACUCUGCCUGUGUGCAAUCGUCUGCUGUUUCCUCCUGGCCGUGGCCUGCUUCCUCAAGAGGAGAGGGGACCAGUUCUCCUGCCAGCCCUCAGCCGCACCAUGUCGGACCCAGGCCAAGUCCUCCAAGGAUCACUGGAUGGAAGCUGGAAGCGCCGCGGGCACGCCGCCGGAGCCGGUGGAGACGUGCAGCUUCUGCUUCCCGGAGCGCAGGCAGCCCACCCAGGAGAGCGCGGGCGCGUCCCGGACCCCCGACGCCGCGCCCUCGGGGAGGUGGGGUCGCCUCGGCCCGUCCGCGACCGCACAGCCCUGCGCGCGCGCUCCAGACGGCGGUCUUGAGGUCCUGUGCGCGCCCGCGGAGGAGGGAGGCCCCGCCGCGUGACACGGGGGAAGGGUCGCCCUCACCUACACACCUGUAGUGAAGCUAUCCAUGCCUGAUGGACAGAGUCCCCGAGAGCCCUUCUUUAGAAAUAAAACCUUCCGCGGCUGCCCACUCCUCCCUA